AUGGCUCGCUCCAGCGGACGCAGCGGCGCAGGCGGCCGAAAGACGGGCGCCAAUCCCGCCACCGCCUCCUCGUCGUCCAAGAAGCGCGGCAGCAGCAACAACGACGCCGCCUUCAACACCGCACAGGCCACCAAGCGCCGCGACAGGAGCGCAGCGGCAGCAGCCGCAAAGGGUCCCACCGACAUCGCAGACGUCUACGACUACGCAGUCGCCGCCACCGCCUCCGGCAGCGCAUCGGGCAGCGCCAAAAAGAAGAAGGACAAGGGCGCCCGGAUCGCACGCAGGGCCAUGGCCGGCCUCGACGGCCAGGACGACGACGACAUCCCGCAGACCUCCCGCUCAAAGGGCAAGCGGAGAGCCGACGACGCCGGCGAGGGUGGUGGCGACGACGAUGACGACGACGACGAGGAGCUCGAUAGCGACUCCGACGCCGGCCGGGGUCCCAUCGGUCCAAAGGUCUUUGACUCGGACGACGAGCUCAACGCUGGCAUCGAGGGCGAGGACGAGGAGAUCGACAGCGACGAGGCCUUCGGCGAGAGCGACGAGGAAAAGUACGGCGACUUCAAGUUCCAGAGCGACGAGCGCAAAAGGUCCAAAGCUCCCUCCAAGAAGCGCGCAUCCAGAUCCAGCAGGGAUGCCGAGUCGGGAGAGGAGGAAGACGAGGAGGAAGAGGAAGAGGACGAGGACGACGGCGACAUGAUGGACCUCAGCCGCAUGCUCGAGUCUGGCUCCGACGACGAUGGCAAAGACCAUGGCAGCGACGGCGACGACGAGUCCAUGGACGACGACGACGACGACGAAGAGGCGGAUGACAAGCUUCGGAGGCACAUUAAUGCGCUCGCCGUCCAGUCCAGCGGCGCCAAGCGAGGGGCGGCGGGCUCCGACGACGAAGAGGGCAGCGGCGGCGACGACCACGACGCCCCCGCGGCCAAGCGGUCACGCAGGGUGCUCAGCGAGCGCACCGAGGCCGUACCCGAGGGCGAGUUUGCCACCACCGGCUCGUCGGGCGGCGCUGCGCUGCGCCUCGAGGACUUCCUCGACCCGCUCAGCGGCCAGGUCGACUUUGCCAACGUCCGCAAGAGCACAAAGGCGCUCGAGGUGCCCAAGUCGCAGCAGCGCAAGGCCCAGGUGGCCUCGCAGCGCGGCGGAGGCGCACUCACCGCGCCCCUGCCUGCCGUGCUGCAGGACAAGCUGGACCGGCAGGCGGCCUACAGCGUCACCAAGGACGAGGUGCAGGGCUGGGCGCCCACCAUCAAGCAGAUUCGCGAGGCCGACCACCUCUCGUUUCCGCUGCAGAAGCCCCAGACGACGCGGCCCUCGACGGCGGGGCUGGUGGCCAGCUUCCAGCCGGCCAACGAGCUCGAGUCCGAGAUUGCCGGCAUGCUCGAGAUGGGCGGCAUGACCGAGAAGCAGCUCGCCGAGCAGGAGGACCUCGCCAUGAACCGCCUCGACCCCGAGGAGAUCAAGGCGCGCCGGGCCGAGCUGCGGCGCAUGCGCGACCUCAUGUUCCGCGCCGAGCAGAAGGCCAAGCGCGUCAAGAAGAUCAAGUCCAAGGCCUACCGCAAGGUGCACCGCAAGGAGCGCGAGCGCCUCCAGGCCAAGAUGCGCGAGCUCGGCAUGGGCCCCAACGGCGAGCAGCUCGACCUCGAGGACUCCGAGGGCGAGAACGAGGAGCGCCUGCGCGCCGAGCGCGACCGGGCCAUGGAGCGCGCCACGCUCAAGCACAAGAACACGAGCAAGUGGGCCAAGCACGUCCUCGGCAACCGGCACGGCGCCGAGGGCAAGGAGGCCCGCGAUGCCAUCGAGGACCAGCUGCGCCGCGGCGAGCAGCUGCGCAGGCGCAUCCAGGCCAGGGGGUCCGACGACGAGCGCAACAGCGACGCGUCCGACUACGACGACGACGACGACUACGACGAAGGCGACGACGACCAUGCGAUCCAGGCCAAGGCAUUUGACGAGCUGGCCACGCUCGAGGCCAAGGAAGAGGCGAGGCGCGAGCGCGACGAGGCCGAGCUCGAGAGGGCGGGCGGAAAGAAGGGCGUCUACAACAUGAAGUUUAUGAAGGACGCCCGCGAGCGCCAGGCCAAGAACGUCCGCGGCAUGGUCGACGACUUCAAGGAGGAGAUGGCCGGCCUCGUCGGCGGCAGCGACGUCGAAGGCGAGGGUAGCGACGGCGAUGGCCAAGGGCCCGGCGGCAACGGCAAAGCCGCCGCCACGUUGGUCGGCGGCAACCGAGGCAGGGCCAUGUACGGCACCGGGCAGAUCCAGACGGCUGCACCCACCGCCGGGCCGAGCGAGGUGGUCGACGAGACGGCUGCCGGUGCAUCCGACGGCAAGAAGAAGAAGAAGGCCAACAAGUCAGGCGAUGCCGCCGCUCUCGUCGAGAUUGGCGGAGAGGCGACCAAGGCGUCGGCGCCGCCGUCCGGCCGGAAGGGUGGUCGUGGUCCGGGCAUCUCCAACGGCGCCGCCUCGUCGGCCGCUACGGCGGCCUCGAUCAACCCGUUCGCCAGCGACUCGACGCCGGACGCCGCCAACCCCUGGCUGGCUGCGGACGGCAAGAGCGGGAGCGGCGCGGUGUCGUCCAAGAAGAAUGCCAUCCUGGUUGGCAAGGGGAGCAACUCCGAGGCCAAGGCGGCGUCGCGGAUGCGCAAGGACCGGGCGCGGGGCUGGGAGGCGACCGAGGCGCGGCGCGAGGACGAGGAGGUGGACAUCGACCUCUCUGUGCGGCUCGACCAGGGCAACGACGACGACGACGACGACGACGACCGCGGCUCGGUCGACGAGCCCCGGCCCAUCAACCCGUCUUCGCGCAACCCGUCGGCGUUCCAGCAGCGCGACCUGGUGUCGCAGGCGUUUGCGGGCGACGACGUGCAGACGGCGUUUACGGCGGAGAAGGCAGCGCUGAUUGAGGCCGAGGCGCCCAAGGAGGUCGACACGACGCUGCCCGGCUGGGGCAGCUGGGGCGGCAAGGGGGUCAAGGCCAAGAAGAAGCGCAACGCCAGCAACGUCGUGACGCUGCCCGGGCUCGAGGCGUCGCAGCGGCGCGACGCGGGCAUGGCGCACGUCGUCAUCAACGAAAAGAAGGACAAGAAGGCCGAGGCGUUUCGGGUCAAGGACCUGCCGCGCCCCUUUACCAGCCGGGCGCAGUACGAGAUGGCGAUGCGCAACCCGCUCGGCCCCGAGUGGAACACGCGCAUCGAGCACCAGCGCCUCAACAUGCCCCGCGUCACCAAGAAGCUCGGCAAGGUCAUCAAGCCCAUCGAGCGCAAGUUCUAA